CCGGCGGGGGCGGGGUCUCAAAAUCGCUUUAGAACGCGAACCCGGGGAGGGGGCGGGGCCUUGCGGGCCGCGGCGCGGAUUGAGUGGGUUGCGGCGAUGCGGGGCACGAGCUGCGUGGGCGGCGGCGGCGAGAGCCCGGGCGGCUCGGGGCUGAGCGAGGGCCCGCGGGGCCGCUGGCUGCGUCUGGCGCCGGUCUGCGCCUACUUCCUUUGCGUCUCGUUGGCCGCCGUGCUGCUCGCCGUGUACUACGGUCUCAUCUGGGUCCCCACGCGGGCCCACGCAGCCCCUGCCGGCCCGCCGCCCAGCGCUCCGGCCCCUCCGUGUGCCGCCCGCCCGGGUGCGCCGCCUGCACCGGCGCCCGCUGCUGCCUCCCCGUCCUGCCUCUCCGGAGCCCCGGGCGAGCCGCGACCCCAACUCGAGCUGCCGCGGAGCCGCCGCCGCCGGACGCCGGGGGCCGCAGGGGGCCAAGGCCCCGGGUAAUCCUCCCGCAGAGCCCGGGGCUCCUGGCCGCGGACGCGCCGUCAUCUCGCAGAAUGGGGCGAGGGGCGCCGGGAGCCGACCCCUUCCUGGCCUCUGCCUCCCGCCCCUCCUCCCACGGGGUUCUGAGCGCAGAGCCCGCAGCCCGCGUCCCCCUCCCUGACGUCCGUGUCCAGCUGCAAUAAACCGCAGCCGCUG